AUGCAUACGAAAUGCAUGAUUGAGGUUAAUGAUGAGGCGGGAAUUCAACUCAACAAGACAUUUCUAGCAUUGGCUAAUGAGGUUGGUGGGCCGUCGAACCUGGGCUUCUCAGAGAAGGAUGUCAGGAAUUACAUCUCAUCAAGACUCCGAUCCACUAAUGUCAAUGCCGAUGUCAAGGACAUGCUAAAUUACUUCAUGCGAAUGAAGGAGAUAAAUCCGAACUUCUUCUAUGCAGUGAAUGUGGACAACGAUUACAAAUUUAGGAGUGCAGUUUGGGUGGAUGCAAGGUGCAAGGCGUCGUAUGAAUACUAUGGAGACGUGGUGUCAUUUAAUACCACAUACAGCACGAACCAGCAUGGUUUGCUGUUCGCCUCUUUCGUCGGUGUGAACCACCAUGGUAAGUCUACUUUGUUAGGCUGUGCUCUGCUAGGCAAUAAGGAGAUCAUGAGUUUCGAGUGGGUGUUCACGCAAUGGCUGAAGUGCAUGGGAACUGCACCACAGGGCAUCAUCAUAGACCAAUGCAGGUCGAUGUUUGGUGCAAUUAGGAAGAACUCUUCGUCGGUUGAGGCUUUCGAGGAUGGUUGGGCUGAAUUCAUUGAUGAGUUCAACCUACAUCACAACAAAUGGCUAUCAGACUUAUUUGAGGACCGACGCAUGUGGGUGCCGAUCUUUUUCAAGGGUCAAUUUUGGGCAUCUAUAAGGAGUACGCAAAGGAUUGAGAGUAUGCACACAUUCUUUGGUGGGUACUUACAUUGCAAGACUAGCUUAGUUCAGUUCGUCCACGAGUUCGAUAAUGUUCUUGGAAACAAGGAACAGAAGGAACUGGAGGACGAUGCUGCAGACUCGAGAGGAUUAAUCCCAUGUGCAACUAGCUCAGCCAUUGAGAGACAAUUUCAACAAGAGUACACCAACGAAGUUUGGCAAGAAGGCUGGUUGCAAUAUUCGUCCCAUUUAUGA